AUGAUGUCUGGGAAGGACCAGCCUGAAAAUAUUGGUGAACUCCCUGAAGAUAAGCCUCAGCAGGAAGAGGAACCAACCGAUUUAGCCUCAGAACCACUGGCCUCAGAGAAUAAGGUGGAGGCUGAUGAUAUAAAUACAGAGGAGACAAAGAAAGUGGAGGAUGCUAAUAAGGAAGUUAAAGAAAUCCCAGGAGACCAAAAUGAGCCCUCUACCAGUGAUCCGGAAGUCAUAAAGAUCCAGGCCUGGUGGCGGGGUACCCUGGUGCGCCGGACACUGCUGCAUGCAGUAAUCAGAGUGAUGGUCAUUCAGCGCUGGUGGAAGCAAAUCCUGACAAAGCUGAUGGAGAGGAGGCGGCGUGCAACAUUGGAAACCUUUACACGGAAGGAGUGGGCAGCAGUCAAGCUGCAGUCCUGGGUCCGCAUGUGGCGCAUUCAUAGGCGCUAUUGCCGUUUGCUCAAUGCUGCCCGAAUUAUCCAGGCUUACUGGAGGUGCCAUUCUUGUGCUUCCCGGGGUUUCAUCAAGGGACACUACAGAGUCACUGCCAACCAGCUGCAUCUCGAGCUAGAGAUCUUGAUGGGCUCAGGGCCUUGCAUUGUGUCAGAGUGUAUUCCCCUCCCAAUAAAGCAGUGA